CGCUUCUGUAGAUGCUGCAGGGACGAUUUGAUCGAUCUCCUGUGUGAAUUACCGGCGGCAUACCGAUGGAUUUUUACCGUGCUUGUGUCUUAUUUCACCCGUAAGAACAGCUAACGGACUAGUUUUGCCAUUUUGGAUUUUAUUACGUGUGUAGGCCUAUUUUUUUUUCUUAAGAUCUUUGGGGAGGAAUCACGAGCAGCAUGCUGCUCUCCAAGCUGGACUCGUUGUCUCACAUUUCAUCAAGCAUGGAGCUACCGGCGAAGCUCCAUCUCCAGCAAGCUAAAACGGAGAAGCAGUCCUUUGAGAAGCUGUACCGGCUGGGUCCGGUGCUCGGCAGCGGAGGAUUCGGCACCGUGUACUCGGCUAUCCGCCUCGCCGACGGGCUGCCGGUGGCGGUGAAGCAUGUGUGCAGGGAGAGGGUGACUGAGUGGGGCUCUCUGUGUGGCGUGGUGGUCCCUCUUGAGAUCGUGCUGUUGAAGAAGGUGGGCGGGGCGUUCGGCGGCGUUGUGCGUCUGUUGGACUGGUGGGAGCGGUCGGACGGCUGGCUGCUGGUGAUGGAGCGUCUCGAGCAGGGGCAGGACCUGUUCGAUUACAUCACAGAGCGCGGCGCCCUGGACGAGGCGGAGGCGCGCGGCUUCUUCCUGCAGGUGCUGGAGGCCGUGCGUCACUGCUACACCUGCGGCGUCAUCCACCGAGACAUCAAAGACGAGAACCUGCUGGUGGACCUGAGGACGGGACACAUCAAACUCAUCGACUUCGGCUCGGGAGCCCACCUCAAAGAGACCGCCUACACAGAGUUUGAUGGAACGCGGGUUUAUAGUCCUCCAGAGUGGAUCCGGUUUCGCAGGUACCACGGUCGCUCAGCCACCGUGUGGUCGCUCGGCGUGUUGCUGUAUGACAUGGUGUGUGGGGACAUCCCCUUCGAACAGGACGAGGAGAUCCUGAGAGGACGGGUCUGCUUCAGAGAACAAGUCUCCUCAGAGUGCCAGCAGCUGAUUGGAUGGUGUCUCAGCCAGCGGCCGUCUGACAGGCCGACCGUGGAGCAGAUCCUCCUCCACCCGUGGGUGACGGGCAGCGCUGGACAGAAGACGGACAACAACAGCAUCACGCUCCACUCCAUCACAGCUGACUCCUCCUCUGCAUCCUCUUCCUCCUCCUCCUCCUCUGGCCAGCAGAGCGUCUGAUUGGUCAAACGGAGGCUUCCAGAGGGCGAGGCAUGGACUUGAUUGACAGCCCUCCUCUGGUGGUGUUUGAUGAGUUUGCUUGGGAACGCUGGUCGUCUCGAGAUGUGAUCGAAGCGAGUAGCUCUUAUAGAGCCUCAUCACACCUCAGAGUGCCUUAAGAUUAAAAACAUUGUGCGGUGAAGCUUUGCCAUGGCAACGAACCUCAUGUCAGGGCUUGUUCUAGGGUUGUCGAAGUACCAAUUUUUUGAAACUCCCGAGUCCAUUCUGGUAAAAUUUAAACGAUAUAGCUGUUUUGAUACCAUGACAACAAUAAAACGUGUUAGGCACCCAUUACUGGGUCAUUUUACUGUUUUUAUUUUUUUUAUAUUACUAAAGAAAUGCAGGUAAACUUCUGCAAACGGUCUAAAUUACAAAAAAAACCCAUUUUCAACAGAUCGGUGCUGAGGCUCUGUGCAAUUCAGUCAACUGUAACUGAAGAUUUUUUUGUUUUUUCAAAGUUUCUGUACUUUUUGAAACUGUUGAUCAUUACAAUGAAGCUCGUUUCCCUAUUUUAAAAAAAACAAACAUUGAUGAGCACCAACGUAAACCUCACAGGGCGUUUAUGUUCCACCAUUUCUUUCAAGUCAACAUCUGGCCUCGUCAAGUGGGGACGCCCGCAACUCAGUUCAGACAUUACUUUGAGAAAGGUGUGGUUCGCCCCGAGGAGGGAGAGAAACAUGGUGCUCUGGGUUUUCAGAAUAAAAGAGAGCUAUCUUUUCUUUGGCGAAUUCAGACCGAACUGUAAGAACUUCUGAUAAGAACAGAGAAGCUGCAACUUCUUUUUCAGCUUACUUGAACAACUGCCAAAAAGAUCAACCGACGUGUAUGUUUAAAAACUGUCCUGUGAGGAACCGACUUCGGCCUCCCAACGCACCCCGACCCUCACCUGCUGACAAAGUGGGAUACUUGAAAACACACAAUCUACACUCUUAAAGACACACACACACACACACACACACCUUUGUGGAGUCCGCCUCAGGAGGCCACAUACGACUCUGCUCGGAUACCAAAAGAUGUUUACUCUGUGGAGUCUCAAGUUUCUGUCCUGACUCCUUUUUUUUUUUUUUUUUUUUUUUCUUUUGAUGUUUUUGAGAACGAACACGUGCUCUCCUGAUUUAAAAUUCAGAAAAGGUCUUAUUUAAGCAGUAAGUCUGACUGUUAUCUCUUCUCACUGGUGCUGCUGUUGACCUGACCCUUCAUGGCUGAACUUCCAGCUACGUUCUUGUUCACCGUUUUCUCUUCUCUCCCUUGAAAUGUUAAAUGUUUAGACAAGGUACCUGAGUUUCAGUUUUGAGACCGCUUCAAUGCUUCAGAUCAUUCUUGAGUCCAGUCAGUUUAAACCCCCCUCAAAAAACGGCGGUCCCAUGUGUCUCAAUUGUUUCAAUGUGUCUCACUACUUUUGUUCUGAAAAUCCGAGUCCCUCCAGCUGUCCGUCUCUGGGUGUGAAACGCACAUUCAAUGCAAAAAUGUCUUUCUUGUAUGUAUUUUAUAUAUACCGGUAUAUUUAUUUUAUAUAUCUCUGUAUUUAUUUGGAGAAGAGACAUCCCCUCUGUGGUUAUUUAUUCAACAUGUCUCCUGUUCCAAGUGUUUUUUUUAAUUUUUUUUAUAGUUUCUCAUGAGGACGAGGUUUGUUCUGGUUUUUCUGACAUCAGAUUUACAGUUUGUUCUCAGAUCAUCCGUUUGUAUGUUUCAUGUUCUGGUGUUGUAAAUAAUUCUCAGAGAAAAAAAAGUAUU